CACAGAGAAACCCUGUCUCGAAAAACCAUAAAUAAAUAAACAAACAAACAAACAAAUAAAAUUUAAAAAAAAAGAUUCAUGCUACAGCUGUGGGAUGUCUUUCUAUCCGCUGUGAACAUGCGCUGCUCUGACUGGUUGAUAAAUAAAGCUGUUAGGCCAAUGGAGAGGCAGAACAAGGUGAGGCGGUACAUUCCGACUGGAGAGAGAAGAAAAGGAGAGCGGGGCAGACUCUGCGAGCCGCCACCAGGAGAACGAAGAUGUGAAAGCACUGGGAAGCCACGAAGCCACGUGGUAAAGCACAGAUGCACAGAAAUGGGCUGAGUUAAGUUGUAGGAGCGAGCCAGUGAGGAGCCUGAGCCAACAGGCCAUACAGUUUGUAAAUGAUAUAAGCCUCUGUGUGUUUACUUGGGACCAAGAAGCUGAGGGACACACGUGGGAGGGAUUCGUCCGACCACAGAGCCGGGCAGGACCAGAGAAACUUCCAGCUACAGGACUGUAAAGGAGAUGAGGUGCCAGGUAGCUGAUAAGGAGAGACAGCUGAAAUCUGUACUGUGAUGCAACUAUGAUGCAGAUGUGCCUGCCAGUGGGGCUGUAAAGGGGGAAAAGGCAAGGAGUGGAAAAGGAAAAAAUAGGAAGUCUAAGGCACAAGAACAAGGGGAAUACACAGAAAGUCAUGUUUCAAAGACAGAACUACUCUCUUUCUCUUCCGGUCCCAGGCGCUUCGGGAGCCGCAGGUUACCAUUCCGACAUGGCCAAGUCCAAGAACCACACCACACACAACCAAUCUCGAAAAUGGCACAGAAAUGGUAUCAAGAAACCCCGGUCACAAAGAUACGAAUCUCUUACGGGGGUGGACCCCAAGUUCCUGAGGAACAUGCACUUUGCCAAGAAGCACAACAAGAAAGGCCUGAAGAAGAUGCAGGCCAACAACGCAAAGGCAGUGAGUGCGCGUGCAGAGGCCAUCAAGGCCCUUGUGAAGCCCAAGUCGGUUAAGCCCAAGAUGCCAAAGGGCCCCAGCCACAAGCUCAGCCAUCUCGCUUUCAUCGCUCACCCCAAGCUCGGGAAGCAGAUUAGAAGCUACAUGGCCAAGGGUCGUAGGCUCUGCCAGCCAAAGCCCAAGGCUCAAACCAAGGCAGAGGCCUCAGUUCCAGCUCAGGCUCCCAAAGGUACCCAGAAACCCAUAGAAAAGGUUUCUGUCUGCCAGACAGAUGGACUGGUGUGACACACCUACACACUAUUUGCAGAUGAUCAGGACCCCAUGCUGUUUUUACAAAUAAACUUGA